AUGCGUGGCCUCUCGGUGAUUUUAGGUGUGCUGUGUGUAGGAUUAGCUUGUGCCGGUACGCUACCCCACGGAGAAAGUGACAAUCAUGACUGGCAUAUUGCGGCAGAUGAAAAUGGCAACAUGCGCUUAGUGUCGUACGCCGUCCCGUACCAGCUAGACAGCGAAAAGUCCAAGCGAGACUUUGUACCGGAGCGUGACACACGCUUCUUGCUGUACACCGCAUCCAAUCCGGAAGUUCCGCAUGUCCUGCGCAACGGUGAUAUCGGCUCCAUCGUGAGCUCUCCCUUCAAUCCAAACAACCCCACGCGCAUGAUCAUUCACGGCUGGCUCGGUACGCAGAACUCCGAAAUUAAUCGUCUAACACGGUCGGCACUGUUCUUUACCGGCAACUAUAACGUAAUCUACGUUGACUGGAGCGUUGGUUCGGUGGACGAGUUCUAUCCGAACUCGCGACAGCUGGUGUACGCGGUAGCGGCAGCCGCCUCCAACAUCCUCGACUACCUGGAGCGAUUAGUCCAGCUCAACAAGCGUGACGUUGUGGUGGUGGGACACAGCCUGGGAGCGCACGUGGCCGGUAACGUUGGCAAGUGGCAGUCGGGUGCGAUUCCGACGAUCAUCGGGCUGGAUCCAGCCCUGCCGUUCUUUGCCGGUAAUGCUCCCGAUCGGAUUAUGGCUUCGGAUGCGGACUACGUGGAGAUCAUCCACACGAAUGGUGGUGUGUUGGGCUUUAUGGACCCGAUCGGUGAUGCUGACUUCUAUCCCAACUUUGGCCGUGUACAGCCAGGCUGUGGGGCGGAUGUUGGAGGUAGCUGUGCUCACGCGCGAGCGGUACACUUUUACGUCGAAUCGAUCCUCUCGAGGAAUGGCUUCGUUGGACAGCAGUGUCAAUCGUUCCAGAACAUUCGGGACGGUACGUGCGCUCAGACUGGUGUCUCAUCUCGCAUGGGCGGUGAACCACCAAAUGCGCCCAAUGCACCAACCGGCAUCUUCUUCCUGCAGACGGCAAACAGUUUCCCGUUUGCCGUUGGCUGCUAG